GGGAGAGAGAGGGGAGGACAGGUCAAACCAAAGUCAAAGCUACAGAAAUGGACGCAGGCCGGGCCGGCGCCCGGAGGCCACGACCCGCCGCUGCCGCGUCGGAUCCCCGGCGGGCAGCUGCGGCGCGGGAGGCGAUGUUGCGCAUGGAGGAGGUCAUGCUGGCCCACGCGGGCUCGGCGGGCGAGUUCAGCAUGAUCAUCGAAGCUCCGCUCCCCAACCUCCAGCGCUACCGCCGCAACCCGACGCCUCCUGCGGCCCCGUCGUCGGGCUCUCCCUCGCGGAGGCGCGGCGGGCCUCAUGACGCCGGCUCCAGGGACGACGUCCCCACGCGAUUGCGGCGCGAGGGAAGCGUGACCGAGGACAUCGGCAGCGCUCGGGGGGUACGCGGUGGGGAGGACAUGGGCUACGCGGACGACGCGCGCUCGCGGCGCGGCACCUUGGACGCUCGAGCGGCGCGGCCUGCAAGCGCUGGCGGCCCGGAGGAAGAGACGGAGGCGCCGGUGCGGUUGAGAGACCCGCGGAGGGAGAGGGGCCGUGUCAGCGCGCCUCCGGCGAGGAUCGUCGAGGUGCAGCCAGACGUUGAGGCGGUCAUGGAGGAGGAGACGCCACUCCAGCAGUUGUCGCGCGGAGCGCGGAGUUCGAGCGCGGAUAGGCGCGUGGAAGCGGCAGUGGAGGCGGAGGCGAUGGCCGCAAGACCAUCAAGCCGAGGAUCGAGGCGGGAGGGCACUGGCAGUGGGGAGAAUGCUAUUGUUGCCGAGCCGGCGGUGGAAGUGGAGGCCGAUGUGGAGAGUGUCGGGUGGAGUAGCAGCCAUGGGAGUGAGGAUGGAAGGGAGGAGGCGGUGCCGUUGGCAAAGCCGCUGGAGUCAAUAAUCACCGGAGGCCGUAGCAGGAGCAACUCACCGGCCAUAAGUCGGAACGGUGUGGACUCUGGUGUAGCAAAUCGUGCACAAUCAACAGGAAGGUCAAGUUUUGUACCACCUGUUGGGGCUAAUGUGAGGCCUGUACAAGCUGUGGAGGUGCCCAAUGGGACACCUAGAGAAAGAAGGACAAUCUAUCCAGAUCCUACUUUUGCGCAGUCCGGUCGAUCAAGAGAUUCACAUGACAGUUCAACACUAACAGAAGAGGUUGAGAUGCUCAAAGAUGAGAAUGUGAAUCUUUUGGAAAAGCUUGGACUAGCAGAAGAGAAAUUUAGACAAUCUGAAGCUCGGACAAGGGAGCUUGAGAAACAGGUUGCUAAUCUUGGUGAUGGAUUAUCUAUGGAAGUUAAGCUUAUGAAAAGGAGGGAGGAGAUGCUAGUGAGAAAGGAGCAAGAAAUAAGGAAAGCUCUUAUAUCCAAGAAUGAUAAAAGCGAGGAAAUCACCACUCUUCAACAACAGCUCCAGUCUGCAAGUGAAAAGGCUGCAGUUUCUGAGCGGAAACUCAACGAGGCUGAAUCUGAAACGAAGGCCUUACGCACAAUGACACAGAGGAUAAUCUUAAGCAAAGAAGAAAUGGAAGAAGUUGUUAUGAAGAGAUGUUGGCUUGCCCGUUACUGGGGCUUGGCUGUCCAAUAUGGCAUCUAUCCAGACAUCUCUAUGUCAAAAUAUGAAUACUGGUCUUCGUUUGCUCCUCUUCCCCUCGAGUAUGUGACAUCUGCUGGACUGAGAGCUAAGGAUGGAGGGAGUAAUGAUUUGGAAGAAACAGACAUGCUUGUUCAUGAUUUGACUGCCACAGCAGGAGAAGGCAACAUAGAAACAAUGCUUGCUGUUGAUAAGGGACUUAAAGAACUUGCCUUCCUAAAGGUUGAGGAUGCUGUUCUUAUUGCUCUUGCCCAACAUCAUCGUCCUAAUGUUGCAGAGCUAUCAGAUCCAGAUAUUAAAUCAUCCGGUGACGAAAAAUUCACUGAGGCAUUUGACCUAAGCAAGGAGGAAGAGGAAGAUGUGUUGUUCAAGCAGGCAUGGCUCAUGUAUUUCUGGAGAAGGGCUAAAACCCAUAAUGUGGAAGAGGAUAUCGCGGAGGAGCGACUGCAGAUGUGGGUUGAUCGACAUGGGCAGCAACCAACUUCACAUGAUGCUGUAGAUGUUGAGCAAGGGAUACAUGAACUGAGGAAGCUGGGAAUCGAACAACUGCUGUGGGAAUUCUCCCGCCAGGAGGUAAAUGUUGCCGAACGUGAAUUGUCCGAUGCUGAGGAUGAUCUGACCUAGGAGAAGUCCUCAACAGGCGACGACCAUGAAUCACUCCCAUUCAGCUGAGUGACACCUCUGUACUAUACCAAAACCGCAGGACAUAGUAAAGAUAUUUCUGGUUUUGGUUUGGACUUCCGGGUUUCGGCUCCAGAACAGUUCAUUGAUUUUAUUUUAUUUUUGUACAUAACCUGCAUCCAACAGUGUUACAAAAGCGGCUUGAAAGGAUGAAAUCAUUCAUUAUACAUAGUGAUGUACUUUUCAUAA